CGCUUGCUCCUUAAACCACACUGUGCUCCGCUGCUGUCCCGUCCCGGCCCCUGGUGGAAGAGAAGCAGCAGCAGCCCGAACCAGGUCCGCACCGCGGCACCAUCACUGCUGCCUCUCGCCUGCCCAGUAGCAUGGUUUGCAGGGUUCGGCUGCUAUAGCCAAGGGACACUUCACUCAGUCACUCAGCCGGUGUGUGUUUGUGUGGGUGUGUGUAGAUGUGUGUGUAGAUGUGUGUGAGAGUGCAGUAAAGGAGCACACACAGCAGCCAACCAGACGGAGACAUCCAGCAGCGCGAUUCUCCCCGAGCUCCAGGAGGAGACGCGUCCAGAGCGAGCACCGCAUCCCGGUAUCUGUUCCCCCCGGCCGUCCUGCACAGCAGCCCCGCUGAACCUGAGGAGGGCUUCUACCCCUCCAACAUCCCGAGCUGAACCAACACCACCUCGGCUCGAGCGGGUGUGAAAAGUGGACUGGCCAGAGCUGUAGUUGCUGUUGACGCUAAGGAACCCGAGAGUCCAGUCCUGUUACCAUGGGUAAACAGAACAGCAAGCUACGGCCAGAGAUGCUGCAGGACCUCCGGGAGAAUACAGAGUUCUCCGACCACGAGUUGCAGGAGUGGUACAAGGGUUUCUUGAAGGACUGCCCCAGCGGAACCCUGAAUGUAGAGGAGUUCAAGAAGAUUUAUGCCAAUUUCUUCCCCUACGGUGACGCCUCCAAGUUCGCUGAGCACGUCUUCCGAACCUUUGACACCAACGCUGACGGGACGAUAGACUUCCGGGAGUUCAUCAUCGCCCUGAGCGUCACGUCACGGGGCAAGUUGGAGCAGAAGCUGAAAUGGGCCUUCAGCAUGUACGACCUGGACGGAAACGGGUACAUCAGCCGCCAGGAGAUGCUGGAGAUUGUACAGGCCAUCUACAAGAUGGUGUCAUCUGUGAUGAAGAUGCCAGAGGAUGAAUCCACGCCCGAGAAGAGGACGGAUAAGAUCUUCAGACAAAUGGACCUCAAUAACGAUGGUAAACUGUCCCUGGAGGAGUUUAUCAAAGGUGCCAAAAGCGACCCCUCCAUUGUGCGGCUACUCCAGUGCGACCCCAGCUCGGCCUCCCAGUUCUGAACUCCGGCUUGGCUGCGCCCCCCCCCCCGCCCCCUUUCCUCCUCACUUCUUCUCUGUUGCUACUGAACCAGUCACAAAAAAAAUCAAUGCAUGAUGGUUUUCAUCUCUCAUAUCAACUUAUAUUUUUUUAUGUUGUUGUGUGCAAGGAUAGAAGAGGAAUUCUAAAUAGGAUAAGGAAAGUCAUCACUGUCAUUUUACACUGUCAUUUUAAUUUUUGUAUUUGGGGAAGAUUCUCUCUCUCUCUCUCGUUUCCUCCUCCGCAACACGUGUAUAUCAUGUACAUACUGUAUGUCUAUGUAUAUCAUAAGAUGAAGUACAUUUGUCUUCAUUGAUGGUGCACACACUCCGGCAUUGAAAGGCAGUAUUAUGUAGCGUAGCUUCCUGGUCUGAUCUAAAUGGGAUGUAGGGAGUUCAAGGUGGGCGGGUGGGGUUAUUGGGAUUUUACUGCUAUAUGAUGUUUCGCUGAGAAAAAGAAGGCCUAAGAUCCCAUUAGGUUUUUAUUAAAUAUCUACUGGCUUAUUGUUGAUAUUUAAAUUUUCAAAUGUUUUUGUUUUUCAUUUGUACAUAUGAUUUUCCUCCACAUUGUUUUAUUUAUUCAUUUAUAUUCUUAUCAGCGUGCUUUUACUUUGAUAAGUUGUCAAAGAUGUUGCAGUUUACAGUGACAGAAGGAGAACAUGUCCGCUAAGGUCGAACUCUUCGGGAUUGUUGUGGUUGUGGGAGAAUACGCAAAUCUUGUGAAAUAAGAUAAAGUCCCAUGAUGCAUUUGAUCAACGACACCAGUAGCACAUAUCGUUUGAGCCGCCAUGUCUUUGUUGAAGUGUGGCCGCGCAUUUAGUUCCGAAUGUUUGUGUGCAUGUGAAUUUGCGCGGUAUGCUUGAAGCUAACUUUUACAGUAUUACCAUGUCGUGCUGUUUCCUAAUCUGUAAGUAUUUUAAAGUUCUUUAACGACGAGCUGUAAACUUGAAGAGUCCCAAUCCGUCACUACACCACUGCAUGUUCCUGCGAUCUAGACGACGACAAGAGUACACAAAACCAGUUCAGGCACGGUGGUAUCCUUUUGUAGCUCUGCAGCGUACCAGACGUACCAGACUGAAUAUUUGUCUUGCUCCGGGACAAACCCUGACCCCCCCAUCCCCCCCAACCCCCUCCCCUCUCUUUCCCUUUCACUCUGACAGACUGGAAAGAUCACUAAGGGCUCGUUCAUCACUCUCUUGUUGAAUGCUUUUAUAACCUGGAUCAGAGGGCUCACGCAGCAGUAACAUAGAGGGACAGGUGUCAUGAGACGGGAACGGGAUCACGUACUGGCUCUGGUUUGGAGUUUUUUAGGGUCACUUGUGCAGUUACCUGACAGAAACCAGUGGCUGUGUUUACAUGAGCACUAAUCAACAUCUUUAAAAUAUAAUAUGAUAUUCUCACAUUUUUAUUGUGCAUACGCUUCGACCUAAUUCAGGGGCUGCAUCCUUCAGAGGAGGCACUCUAUGUAGACCGCCAAGGCCAAACUAAAAGGAGGCAGCCUUUUCUACAUAGGUUUUCUAUGAUCGGCAGAGCUGAAGUUUGACAUGCCAAGAAAGUGCCCCCUUGUCUUUUUCACGAAUGCACCUUCAGCUGCUCAGUUGAGUUGAAGCAUCAUACUCAAGCAUUGUGUGUCUUCUCACUUUCUGGUGCCCUCACCUCUUUGAAAAGAAGGGCCUUCACUGAAGCUCAAUGAAUCCCGGGACGGGCGCGAAGCAACCCCCGUUGGAGCGUUCAUUUCUGUGGGACAGGAGGAUGCAUUUGGAGGACACCUUCAAAAUGGGACAGUAUAGUCUUCAAAUGCAGCCUCCGUAGGAUGCAGCUCCUAAAUCGAGACACAGAGAAAGUGAAGAGCAUGGAGACACGGCAUCAAAUCAGUCUCUCUAAUUGAAUGAAGUAUUUUCAACUGUGUGAGAUAAGAGUUUUAAAACAAAGCCUUGACUGAGCAAAACAUGUCUCACAAUCACACCUCCAUCAAAACACCUCCAUCCUAAAUACUGUGCACAUGUAAACGGAGCCACUGGUUGCAGCGAUGCCAGCACCUCUCUCCUGUAGAAGUCAUGUAAGGCCCAAGUUGCCGGAUCUCUGUUGCCACCUUCUGUUAUGGGAAAUAAAACACACUAGGAAUUCUGUCGCGACACAUGUUGGCCAAACUGACAAAAAAAAAAGAAGAUUGGAGCAAAAAUACUUUUUGCAAUGGAUCAUGUUUCUUAAUCAGAUAAGAUCCGCAACAAAACACCAGUGGAUGCUUUAUAUUGUUUGGAUAUUUAAUAUUGUUAUGAUAAUGGCGUUUCUUUAUUCUUGAUGGAUACGGUAGUAUAUGUGUAUUUGUGGUACGAACAUUGGACUUUUUUUACUUUAACUUUAAUUUAUCAAGUAUAGUAACUUUUUUAGAUUAGGAAUUUACAUACAAACAUUAGUAUUAGUUUAAUGUUAUCUAUUGCUUUAGAUCAAAGUACUGAAGUUGUAAAAGUAGUGGCAGUUAAAAAUAUUUCCAAUUUACCGAACAACAUUAAAGAACUGCUUAUUAAUGCAUCAAUAAUAAUGCUCCAAUAAUGUGAAAUUACAACACUGACUUUUGCGUAAUGGGUUAUUUUGUUCUGAUACUCUUAAGUAGGCUAAGGUUUUAUUACCGAUAUUUCAGUAUAGUUAUCUAUAACAAAAUGGUCUUAAUACUUCUUCCAACAGCGCUAAAUAACAUUCUUUAAUCUGACCAUGAAUAUCCCCUCAUUUCAGAGAAAAGUGGAGAAGGUCUCAGUUUCCAUUUUGUAAAUUUUUGUCUUCUGAUUUUAGGAAAUCCUUUAUUAACAGGACGCUGACAUUUUCCAUUAACCUUUUAUCCGUGUUAGAAGCUUCAGAAAGCAGGAUGGGCUUCAGUUCACACAUUGUGGGAAAAUGUGCGGAGUCAAACUGCUCAUUACACUUGGAUGAUUUCUCUGUCUGCCGUGGGAGAGAAAAUAAAUAACUUUUUGUUCACUGGUCAAAACGACGCUCAGUCAAAAUAGAUUCAAUUAUGAAAAAAAAAGGCCAAUAUCAGCCUGACGAGUCCAGUAUCAGUCUAAUUGUGUUUUAGUUUUUGUGUUACUACCUCGCACAUUGGAAUGUGUGUAGCGGUGGCUCGAGUGAACAACUACUACAGAGCCUGAGAGCUGUGCUGGUGCAGCCAGAUCCACAUGACAUGACACUGAUCCAAGGUUAACUCGAACCAAACGUUUGCACGGGAGCGUCCAUACUCUGCUUUGGGGGAAUCCUAUAGUGUCACUGCCUUCUGCUGGUAGGAUAAGGAACAACAGUUGCUACCCCAACACCAACCUAUCACAGCUCUGCCCUUUUUCUAUUCUCACUGGCUCUGACAAACCGGUACCUUGUGUUGGAUAAAUAUGGCCCCUCUCCUCCUUUCUACCUUCCCUGACCCCUCCCCCCCCCCCUUCCCUUUUUUUCGGUUGCAUGAAAACCUCACGUGAGGAUGUCAUGUUUGUUUUCCGUUGGACCUGAAAUCGAAAUAAAUAUGUGUUUCAAAGCUG